AUGUCAGUGAGCAAGCUUCGCCUUGUUGCGCCGCGUUGGUGCUUGCCCGUAGUUGUCAUGACAGUGCUAAAGCUUCUGUUGCAGUGCGGAAUGGAGGUAGGCCUUCGCAGCAUCUCAAGUUGCAAAGUCGACCUUGUUACUUGUUUGGCGAUUGGCGCCGCAAGCCGUGUUGCCAUGCCUGGCGAAACCUAUCAGGAGGAAUUCCCCGUGACGCUGCACGUCUAUGACUUGGGCCAGCAUGCCGUGGUGCGUGCGUACAACCACCUCAUGUUCUGGUGGACAAGCAUGGGCGCUUGGCAUGUUGGGAUUGAAAUCCACGGCGUCGAGACAUCUUUUGGGAGUUGCUUGGCAAAACUCCUGUCUAGGAGCUUCGUGGGCUUGCAAGCUGUAGCACUUGUUGAGGCAGAGGCAAUCUGUAUGGGUCAGGGAUCACUCAGUGUGUGCCCAUGCUGA